UCUGUGGAGUGUGUUCUGCCAGUGUUCACAUCAGGGCAUGUGUCCGUGUGAGUGACUGCCAGGGUGCUGGGUGGGACCUUGAUACGAUCACCCAAUGGGGUUGGAGAAUCACUGGCCUUGAAGAAUCUGCCCUGCUGAUCUCUGGCUGGGCAGCCUCAGGCAUCACUUCACCUCUCUGAGCCUCUACUUGCUCAUGUGUGUGUCCGCAGUGAUGAAGUCUGCCUCUCAGGUUGAAAUGAGAUAAUGACUGGGAGUGAGGCAGGUCUGACUCUCUGGACAUGAUGGAUUCCACGAUGAGUUGGUGGAGGAACAACUUCUGGAUCAUCUUAGCUGUCACCAUUAUUGUUGUCUCCGUGGGCCUGGGCCUCAUCAUGUACUGUGUCUGUAGGUGGCAGCUUAGACAAGGCAAGAAGUGGAAAAUUGUCAACUCCUUGAAACAAAAUGAAAGAGAUGAAGAAAAGAUGUAUGAGAAUGUUCCUGAUCAAUCACCAGAUCAAGUGCCCCCUCUGCCACCCAGAGGCGUGUUUUUGCCACAAGUCUCCUCCCCACAGGAAACCCUAAGUGAGCCACCAGUUACAUACUCACUGGUAAAUAAAGUUAGAAAGAAGAAGAUCAUUUCCAUUCCAAGCUACAUUGAGCCUGAAGAUGAUUAUGAUGAUGUUGAAAUCCCUGCAGGUACAAAAAACCAUCAUUUUGAAACAGCUGUUUCUUCUUUUUGGCAAGCUGAAGAGGGCUCACACAACUUAUUUUAAAAUCACCAAGAAUGGUUGAACUUCAGAAGAUCUCCAGAUCCUUAAAGCCAGUGGUUGUUUCAUGAAGCUCUAUAAGAUAAGCACUUCCUGAACUCUCGACGAAGAUGCCUCAUGAUCAAGUAACUGCAGUCAGAGGCAAGAUGCAGAGGCUUGGCCUUGAGGAUGAAGAAGGGUCAGCCCUUGUGUUCCAGUGGAGGAACUCUUCACGAGCAGGACCCCUGGGCUUCGCAGUCUCUGCCUGUGAGAAACUACUCGUUUCUCAGC